AUGCCUCAGCUGUCGUUGCCAACAGUCACGACACCAUCAGCCGCCGUCUGCCACCACAAUUUGAGUCGCCGAGCAUCCGCAGCUCGUCAUCGGAGAUGGCUGCGACACAAAAUGCUCCGGCAUAACCCAACCCCUUCCUCUACGCCGUCGUUGUCAACAAGCCAAAUCGUCUGCGGUCGCCGAAAACCGUCAGUGAGAGCUGUUGUCGGCGGCGCUUGGGGUAAUAGCCUAGAUGGACGUCUGCCGGAGCCGGAGUGGAAAUUAGGCGGUUCCACCGUGGGUGGAGAAGAAGAUGCAAGACGGUGA